AUGUUGCUGGAAAACGAUGACGAGUUAACUGGCACUUCGGAGGAUUCGGAUGGUUCCGCUGAUGACGAGACAGAAAAACAAACUUCUUCCUCUGAAUCGUCUGUCACCAACAUAAAUGAGUCUUCAAAACCUGUGGCAAUGAUCCGACAGCCGCUGACAUGUUCUCGCAUCACACGGUCUUCUCGUGCAAAAUUUGACAAUGUUAUCACGGUGGAAAGCGACUGUUCUGAUAAGCAGCAUGAUGAAGCAGAUGUACCCCAAGCCAAAAGCUCAGUUGAUCCCUGGUGGUAUAAGCUGUAUAAGGAGGAGUAUGACUGGUCUGUUGAGGUGGGUUGCAAAUUGGAGGUUCUCCUGCACAUACUGAAGAAGUGUAAUGAUAUUGGCGACAAACUGCUCAUAUUUACUCAAAGCUUGCUGUCAUUGGACUUACUGGAGCGUUUUCUGGCUGAAAUACAUCGCCAAUGGCUGAUUCACCAGGGUGAGACCAUUGAAGAAUCGCCGGAAAAUGGGUCCGGCUCACGUCCUGAUUUAUCUUCCUACUUCUCAGAUAUCGGCGAAAAUACCUGGGUACGCGGGUUUGAUUACGAACGUCUGGAUGGCAGCAUGAAUGCAGUUGUCCGUAAACAAAUGCAACAUCGUUUCAACCACCCUGCCAACAUACGUUUGCGUCUCUUUCUUAUUUCCACCCGAGCGGGCGGUUUGGGGAUCAAUCUCAUCGCGGCAAACCGCCUCAUUCUGUUCGACGCCUCGUGGAAUCCCAGCCAUGAUGUCCAAUCGAUAUUUCGAAGCUAUCGAUUUGGCCAGACAAAGCCUGCCUAUAUUUACCGCUUGAUUGCCCAAGGUACAAUGGAGGAAAAAAUAUAUGAUCGUCAGGUAACCAAGCAAUCACUCUCUUUACGGGUAAUCGAUGAGCAACAGGUGGGUCGGCACUUCAGCGAUGCAGACCUGCAAGCUUUGUACGUUUUCGAUCCCGAUAUUUGGAUUCCUGGUGACAACGAGAAACGGCCGACUCCAAAGCUUCCAAAGGACCGGCUUCUUGCUGAUAUGCUAUCCGAAUUUCCCCAUCUAAUAGUUAGCUAUCACGAACAUGAUUCGUUACUGGCGCCCAGAGAGGAUGAAGGUCUUAGCGAAAUUGAGCGUCAAGAAGCAUGGCGAGAGUAUGAGGACGAGAAGAAAUAUGGAAUGCCUCUGGCUCAAUAUCAGCGGCUUUUGCAACAGCAAGAAAUGGCGGCUCAUAGUCAGCAGCAACAGGCGCUGAACUGGCGGAUGUUUCAACAGCAGCAACAGCAGUUAAUAAUACAACAACAUUUACAACAACAACAACAAUACCCGUGGAGAAUGAAUAGCGGUCCAACUCCUUCCGCGCGAGUCCCAUAUCUGAUGGCACCACAGGUCCCAAGGGCGCCUAUCGGUCCUUUAGCACCAACACAGACAACUUCAGUUCUUCCUUCACUGUCCCAAACGUUUGAGAAGUAUCGAGCGCAUUUGCUAAGGACUCGGCCGAGUUUGGCAAGUGAUCCAGCUCAGCUGGAAAGAAUAAUUGUCUCACAAAUGAUGGGUUUGAUGACCAAGAAUGUGAGGACUACUUUACCCGUGCCGAUGCCGCAUUUCUCAUCUCCGUCAACUAGCCAAUCAAGACCAUCGUCAAGCUAACUGUAUGAUCAUUUUCUCUCUUGUGUUCAUACAUUUGCCCAUUUUCCAGAUCAGAUAUCUGUCCUUGACAUUUGCGUAUCACUGUUGCUGGAACCAGCACAUCACUGCAACACUACCCAGCUUCAAUCACGCACUCGUACCUUCAUUGUAUUCUUUACCUACCCCUAUUGCUUAAUGGACUCCGGUAAAGCAUACUUUGAGUAACCAUAUCUUGAAUAUACCUCGCACUAUUAUGAGAUCAUUUCCGUCGAUAUCAUGAGCUCACAGCGAUGUUUUACUGUGGUAUAAGCAGGUAAUUUAAUUAUCCGGUAGUGAGCCAUUGUACGACCAGCCAACUUCAUGAAAUAGCACCUGGUGCUUGGACCCCACACGAUUUUUUAAAGACUUUUUUGAUUGCUUUGUGUCUAACGAAGAGGACGCAGCCCGUGUUACCCCGUCUUUAGUGACAUUGUUUAUCCCCGUACGCAAUCAUUGACACUUGACUGCCUUCUAAUCCAUACUUCCUUACUUGUAUUUCCAGUGUUAUCCGCCCAUGAUUAAACACAAAUGUACAGGCAAAUAUUUUCCUGCAAUAAUACUCGCGAGGUCUAUUCCAUCAGUUUCAGUAGUUUUUUAUGCCCAUUACAUCGAGUAAUU